ACCUGCAAGCCUAAUUGCUUUUGUUGGGGUUUUCCCUCCCCUCCUUCCCGCUUUUCUUGUUCCUAAAGGAUUGGUCUGAAGCGGAGAUGACAAAGGGCCGGGUGGCCUCCCCACCAUCCUGUCUGACUGGCAGAUUCCCGGCAACACCUUAGAGCAGUGCCGUGGCCGCAGCAGAGCUGUGCUCACGAAAGCAGCCCAGAGCGUGGCGAGAGACAGGAAGCGCGCGCGGGGGGGAGGCGUUUUGUAACCAGGGACGACACGACAGAAACACUCCGCCGGGCAAGCGGCGGCGGGCGAGAGAGAGCAAGCAAAGGCAGCAAAGAGGCCACGCAGCCCGAAGCGGCAGAAAUCUCCCGAAUCGCCUUCACCCGCAGGCAGGCCGGCGCAGGAGAAAAUUCGUCGUGAAUGUUCGGCCUGCAGCGUUCCGGUUCGGGGCUCGAGUCGAGACGAAACUGCUGCCCUCCGCCCUGCUGGGAAUCGCACACCCCUGCAUCUGGAGUUGGAAUGGGGAGAGCUCGCCCUUGCUGAUGCUCAUUUGAGGAGCCAAGCUGCAAUACCGAGGAGGGAAUCCUCCCGAUUCCGCAGCCGAACGCUGGAUUGCGGCGAACGCACAAAGCAGAUUCUCCCCCUGGCUUUCUCUCUUCUCCCCCUUUCCUUCUACCCUCUCUUUCCCCUGUUGUUGUCUGCUGCCACUAGAAGGAGAUCGGAAGCAUCUGAUUCGGUUUCGAGUCCAAGACCUUCUCCCUCUCUCUCCCCACCCGUCCUCUUGCUUCAUCUAUGACUCUUCAUCGCGCAUAGGGAGGCACUGGGGAACAUUGAUGCUCUGCUAAGCCUGGAGGAGGGCACAUUCGCUGGGCCACCAUGGGGAAAUCCAACAGCAAACUGAAGCCCGAAGUUGUGGAAGAACUGACCAGGAAGACCUACUUUACGGAGAAGGAGGUCCAGCAGUGGUACAAAGGCUUUAUCAAGGACUGCCCCAGUGGCCAGUUGGACGCAGCCGGCUUCCAAAAGAUCUACAAGCAAUUUUUCCCCUUUGGCGACCCAACCAAGUUUGCAACAUUCGUCUUUAACGUCUUUGAUGAAAACAAAGAUGGAAGGAUCGAGUUUUCCGAAUUCAUCCAGGCCCUGUCUGUCACUUCUCGAGGAACCUUGGAUGAGAAGCUGCGGUGGGCCUUUAAACUGUACGACUUGGAUAACGACGGGUACAUCACGCGAAACGAGAUGCUGGACAUCGUAGAUGCGAUUUACCAGAUGGUGGGUAAUACAGUGGAGCUUCCAGAGGAAGAAAACACACCAGAGAAGAGGGUGGACCGGAUUUUUGCCAUGAUGGAUAAAAAUGCGGAUGGGAAGCUCACACUGCAGGAGUUCCAGGAGGGAUCCAAGGCCGACCCCUCCAUCGUCCAGGCGCUCUCGCUCUACGACGGACUUGUAUAGUUCCUUGGCCCUAUGUUUUGACACGCUUGAGGGGACCCUUUUCCAGUGCCAUCAGACCACCUUGGAAAAGACGCUCACCUGACGUACGCCAGCCCUCCUUUACGUUCCUGCGGGCAAGGGAUGCGCUCGACGCCUGACGUCAACCCAACCACUUUGCGCUAGAAAUCAACUGUCUCCAUCUGCCAACGUCUGCAUUUUACAAGCAAAAAGAAAAGGGGAGGGGGGAGAGAGAGAGGACAAGGUAGCAUCUUUUCCUGAGGGCCGUGAGCCUCGCCGUGUGGAGAAUCUUCCCGCCUGUUAUUUUUCAGUUUGUUUGUUUUGAAUGGACGAAGAACAAGGGAUAUUUCACAUUUCUUUCACAGGGGAAAACAAUGCAGAUUGGAGAUGUAAGCACUCUUAAUGCGCUAAACGUGUCCAGCUGUGACUGGAUCGGAUCGGAACCAGCACAACGGAUCGCUUCGCCGAAGCUUUGCUUUUCAGAAGGGGGAGGGAGAAAGUUUUUGUUGUUGUUGUUUAAAUCCAUUCGAAAUUGAUCUUUUGCAUCCUCAUCCGGGUUUGCAGCCAAUCGCAUUGCUAGGAAAUAUCUAAAAUCUCGGGCGGCGACGCAGUAUUGUAUGCGCUUUUCAUACUUUAUUUGUGUGUGUGUGGAACAAGUGAGGCGCUUUUGGGGACUUACCUUGAAAUGACCGGUACCUAUUUAUUUGCCGUUUUAAUGUUGCUGCUGUAAUUUUUCGUCUUGUGUCUCAGAAAGGGAAAAAUGUUCUCGAAGGCUGUCAGGUUUACAUGGAUCUCUGCUGCUGGGGUGUUCUCCCCCACGGUAGAAAUUAAGCCAAAAAAAAAAAGGGGGGGGAUUUUCCCCAAACUUCUAGAUGUGUGCUCUGCUGCCUGGCUGAGGUGAAGGGGAUGGAUGUGGCCCCUUCCGUUGUCUUUGUCUCUUGCACUUCCUUCCUCUGAUCCCACCCACCCAACCUACAGCCCUCCCAGAAGCUUGUUCUCUCCUUCAGUUGGGUCCUGUGAGGCCUGCAAGCUUUCAUCGCCUUGGAGAAUUUUCAGAUGUUGUCUUUUCCUGUGCGUUCCUUUUUCUUCUUUAAUUUCUUAUGCCCUCCUGCGUUCAUUCUGCCUAUGUUGUAAAGACAAAUGACGAAAUAACCUGGUACCCAGAGUUUUAUCUGCAUGACAAACAAAAAACAAAAAAAAAGUGUUAAUGCAGCCAAUAUAGUCGGAGCUUUAAGAACAAUUCUUUUCUGAAAGAAAACAAAACAAGAUGCCAGAAAUGGUAUAUAGA